AGGCCCAGGAGCAGGCGGCGGGCGACGAGCUGACGGACUCCCGCGUCCGCGUCCGAGGCGCCCUCGAAGAGGCGCUGGGCGACGGGUCGCUGGAGCAGCUGCUGCGAAGCCGGCAGCGCGAGCGCGACGAUGCCGAGGCCGCCGCGAAGGCGGAGGAGAACAUCACAGCCGAAGACCUUGCGCCCGAGGGCGGCGGCGGCGGUGGGGAGGCCGCGGAGGCGGACGACGCGGUUGAGGAGGUCCGGGGGCUGGCGCGGAGCCUGCUGCUGGGCGGCCUGUCGGAGGGCACGCUGGAGGCUGCACUGCGCGAUGUGGCGGGCGAGGCGCAGCAGCCGGCGAGUUCAGAGGCUCCGCUGCAGGAGAGCGGGAGGCGGCGGGGGCCACCACCCCGACGGCGGCGCUGGCGGCCCUGUCGCUGCCGGGCCCGGUGGCCGCCCUGCUGGGGUCCGUGGCCGCGUCCGACCGCAAGAUCGGGGCCCUCGAGGCCACCAUCCGCGAGGUGGAGGAGCUGCUCGUCAGCCGCGAGGAGGCCUGCGCGCAGCUCGAGAGGGAGGUGUCGCUCGCCCGCCACGACGCCGCCUGCCUGGAGCAGGAGCGUGGAACUUCACCGCAGCAUUCUGGAGGAGCAGGACCCGAUGCUCUCUGGCUGAGCCUGCACCAGGGCCGGCGGAAGCUCGUAGACGAGUUCCACGCGGAAACCUUCGAGCAUAGGCACGCGGCGCUGGAAGCCGACGGGCUUCUGCUCACUGGGCGCUCGGAGCUCUCCACGGUGUGCACCCUGAACGACGUGCCUGAGCAGCAGCCGCGGCUGGACGGGUGCGGGUGAAUGCUCUCUGUGAGCGCGCCGGGAGCUGGGCGCGGCGAGGGCUGCGAGUGAUGCCUCAGAGCGAGCGUCGGAGACUUUUUCCCUCGAGCGAGCGGCCGCUGGCCCGACGGGCGCCCGGCCACCUUGGCGAGCGGCGCCCGGCGCGUGCGCCGCGCGGGCGGUGAACGAAAGCUAGGGCCUCUACGAGGAGUAGUUGUUGACCUGGCAAGCUCUGAACGGGGCUGGUGCGCGAGCCGAAUCGGCCCGCCCGCCCUGAGCAAAAUCAUCUGGGGUCUGUCUCUUAGCCCUUCAGCCGCAGUCCCGUUGCACCAAAAAUCCGUGCUGAAGUCACAGGCGCGGCCCUGGUGCACACCUGCGCGAACUUCAGUGUUCAAGUCCAUGGCCGAAA